ACUUACGAUAGGGGGCAGCACGUUACAAAACAACGCUUGUUUCUCGUAAUGUUGAGAAGAUUGUACAUAAACCAUGCUUCUGUAGUAUUUUAAAAGUGAAUAACUGUAAGUUCAGUGUAAGGGUUGUGACAUGGCGGGUAUGACGAGCACAGACCUCUUGGAAGCAGAGCUGGAAGAAAAUGCUAUCUACAAAAAGUUGCUGAUGGAGGCAGCAGCUCAGAACAGCGGGCUACAACAGCAAACUCCACACUUUAAAACUGUGAUACCAAAACCAGGUUUUUGUCUCAAGACAAAAACUGACAAGGAAGAAAAAGUAUUCAUCAACGUGUGUUCCUCAGAAACUCUUCCGAAACCAAAAGACAUAACAGAAGAAGAUCUCAUAAAAGUUUUGGAAUCCGAGGAUCCAACUGCAUUUAGGGUGCCUAUGAGUCUUGGAGAGCCUCAUGCAGAGAUUGACAAGUCUGGGAAGGGCUGCACUGCGUAUGAUGUUAUUAUACACCCAGACUUCUUGGAGAAAUGUAAACAGAGCGAACUCUUUGUGAAAUUCCUAAUCACCAUUUCAAUUGAAGGCCUUGAAGAAAAAUACAGCAUGUUAUUGGAUAGAAAUUACACUAUGCUGAAAAAUAGGAAAUUUCUUGGCACUCUCCCUGAACAGAAUAUAAGAACCCAGUCCAAGCCCUUAAUCAUGGAAAUGGGAAGUGCUGGAGCUUCAGCACCAGGGAAACCUCUUAUAUCAGAGGUCUCAAGUUUUAAUAGUCAGGCAACGAAGCCCAAAGGAGAGGAACCAAAGUACACAAUUGUUCAAGAACCCCCCGAUGGGCACCCAGAGUUUCUUGUUGCUGAGAUACAACUUCCUAAAGUGAAAACAGCAAAGAGUUUGACAUUAGAUUUGGGUGAAGAUAGAAUUUUCCUUCAGACACGAUCAGACAUUUAUUUACUGGACAUCUAUUUACCUUUCAAUUUAAUACAAGAUGAAUGUGGGGCACAGUUUAAUAGACAGACAAAGGUGCUGACACUGACAAUGCCUGUUGUUCUUCCAUGCAGCUGAUACAUUUAGUAACCGGUUCAUGGCCACUCUUGUUUAUUUAAUUUUCAUUUAUAUUUAUUUUUUAAAGGAAAAAAUGAAAAAGGGCAUUAUUAUUUUUAAUGUCACUUUAAUAUGCAUGUUGAACAUCAUUAGGAAUUUAUCUCAUCAGUGAAAUAAUUUGAUGUAUGGGUAGGUGAACAGGUUGGAGACUACUACUGUGGAAGAUAAUUUGUUCUAUGGUUUUUGGGAUUUUUUAUUGUAUUAAAACAAAGCAAGUUUAUGUGUUAAUGAAUAUCAUGGACUUAAAUGUGUCAUUGUCAUUUUUAAGUUAAAUGCGUCAUUGUCAUUUUCAAGUUGUAAAAAUUGUAUUAAUGUGGGAAGGGUUUUCAUGGUGAGCAACGGGAAUGAAUUUUGUAUAUCACUGAUGAAAUUAAAAUGAUUAGGAACAUUGUUUCAAAGUAUUGAAAACUAAUCAAGAUUUCUGUUUUCAUGAAGUGUGUCUUUGAUACUUAUAUAUACAUAUUCAUAAAUGACAGAAAAUUGAAUUUUCUAAA